UCUUAUUUUGCCAGCAUGACGCUAAUCACUUUCUUAUUUUGUCCAGCCUCAGCUCUUUGUUUGAUAAGUCAAAGGCAUCACUUCCUGUACGCAGGAUAACAUAUCCCGCCACUGCGAGAGCCGACCACUUUUUUCCUUAGGAGCAGCACACGUUCUACAGAGGUUUUUCAGAUGCGGGUCUGGGAACAUCUGAUAUAGUAGGAAUUCAUCCACCAUCCAGAUUAGGAGAACAGCGAUAUGUCAAUGCAAAAAAACUUAACUUCAGCUUUAAGUGGUAAAAAAUGACAAGUUCAGUGCAAGGUAUAACCUUUUAAUCUUUGUCGCAGCCAUGUACAGCAAUCAACCAUUAGUGCCUGGUGACAAUAAAAUACAAGGAUAUCAGGUCAAUUAACUCAGUUCAUGGCGAAAAUAUUUCAAAACGUUUUAUAGCCGAUUGAACAUGGGACAAUUCAACUUGAAGCAAUUUUAAGAAGUAUGAAAGCUAGUUUUUUGUCGCAAUUCCCUUUUAUUCAGUAACAGGAGUGGUUCUGCAAUCAUCAAACUCUUGGCAGUAUUCUUUGAGAAUCUUUGCCAAUCCUUUACUACAGACAUUGUGAGCUAUUGCUUGUUUUGGGGGGUUACUGACUUCUGUCUCCUCUUCAGUUAGUAAAAUGCAUGUUGAAUCGGAUGUAAAUCUACCUGAACUCCUUGGUUGCAUUGGCAUUAAGUUCCUCUAAUUAAAUUCCUUUUUUCUUUUAGCAUCCCAUUGCUUGUUUCCUUUAGUAUUAAAGGAUGUUUGUAUGACAAGACAAAAUUUUUUAUUUGGGAAUUUUGAAAAUGACAGGAGAUUAUAAUGGAAAUUAUACAGGAUCGUUGGAAUUGUCUUUUUUGGCAGCAGCCAAAAUUAUCAUUGGCUCAAAAUGAAGCGUCACAAUCGCCAACCUCAAGAAGGUCACCCAUGUCAAUUGCAUCAAUCGCAGCGGCCUAACGUCACAAUCAUUACUAUAGCCUAUGAUGGCUAUCUUAGAUAAUGUCUGUUUUAGUGUUCAUUAAAACAAAAAACUGUCCAUAGUUUGUUUAGGCUCACGCAAUAAAGUUAUUUACAUGGGAGUAAAUUAAUUCUCUACAGUUUGCUCACUUCACAUCUAUCCGCCUCCAAAACCUUGUAGCUGGAAUGCAUAAUAGAAAAAUAUGUACCACUCAAUUUUCAUUCCCAGUUUUUUGUCCCAACCCCACUUUGAAAUAAGACACAAGUUUGACGUUAGUCAGAGAGAUAGAAGGGUUGUCUGACAAAUUAACGCUGACCAAGGUUGACUUUUGCCAAAUGAACACCACAAGUACUGUAUGAUCAAGUGUUGUCUGUUUGAUACCACCACACUGGGAAGACAUAAGCUUUAGAAUUACACAACUGUCAAUAUGUGACUUAUAUGUAGCUAACCUUUUGUAUGAAUUAUAGUAUCUAACCGGAGAGAGUGAAGUCUUUGGUUUCCUGGUGUCCAUGAAUUGACCAACUCAAGAUGCCAACAUUACACUUGAAUUAUCUCAGGAUGAAAUGGGAGAGAAUUGCAUCUCUUGCUUCCAGCAGUGAAAAGUCAGUGGGAAUCCCCCCCCCAUUCAAGAGAGACACCUGGACCCCUGACUUUGGAGGGAUCAAAAAGGAGAGAAUGGUGUCUCCUGCUCCCAGCUGUCUGUCAAUGAAGAGUGACAAAUCAAUGGGAAUCCCCCCCCAAUUCAACAGACACACCUUGACCCCUGACCUGAGAGGGAUAAAACAGGAGAGAGCAGAUUCUCCUGCUCCCAGCUGUCUGUCAAUGAAGAGUGACAAAUCAAUGGGAAUCCCCCCCCAAUUCAACAGAGACACCUGGACCCCUGACCUGAGUCCCAGUCUGCUGACUGAGCAUCAGUUCAGGUGUUCUGUGUGUUCAGAGGUUCUGAGGGACCCGGUCUCUAUUCCUUGUGGACACAGUUACUGCAGGCAGUGCAUCAGUACAUACUGGGCCCAGCCUGGUCCUGCAGGAGACUAUAUGUGUCCCCAGUGCAGUAGGAGAUCCAGAACCCGACCUGAACUCUACACCAACUCAGCCUUGGCCAGGGUGAUCCAGAAGCUCCAGAGAACAGGUUUCAGUCCAGCCCUCCCUGCCCUGGUCUAUGCUGGGCCUGGGGACUUGGCUUGUGAUAUCUGCUCUGGAAAGAAGCUCAGAGCCGUCAAGUCCUGUCUGACCUGCACUGCCUCCUACUGUGAGAGCCACAUCAGACAGCAUUACACAGUCCCAGCACUGCAGAGACACACACUGGCAGAGGUCACUGGAGGUCACUACAGUGGCAAAACUGGGAAGACCAAGAGGAUCAAAGAGGAGGGUGAGACUGAGGAUGAUGAAGACAAGGAGAAUGUUUGUAAAAAAAUAAAGAUGGCUGUUAAGGAGGAGGAUGUGAAGAUUGCUGAUCUAAUGAGGAUAAUCCGUGAGCUUAAGGAAAAUAACUUGGAACUGAAGAACAUUUCAGAACACCUGGAGCAGGAGAACUCUGUACUGAAGAAGAACUUUAUAGACCUGAAACAGGAGAACUCUGUACUGAAGAGGAUCUCUAUAGACCUGGAGCAGGGGAACUCUGUUCUGAAGAAGAUCUCUAAAGACCUGGAGCAGGAGAAUUCUGUACUGAAGAGGAUCUCUAAAGACCUGGAGCAGGAGAACUCUGUACUUAAGAAAUUCUGUUAUAACCUGGAACAUUGUUGCCUUGAAUUAUACUUAAACAUCAAGCAGGAGAAUUCUAACCUCAAACAUCAGAACAGUAAUCUGAUUAAAGAGGUUGCUGAGUCCACAAUCAAUAUAAACAUAAUGCAUUUCAGAACUACUGACCUGUUAUCUGCACUUAGAGAGUGGAUGAGAGGUGUGUGGUCAGCCCGCCCUUUGGGUAAAACCUAUGUGACAAGACAGCUGGGCAGUAGCUUACCACACCUCUUUUAACUGUAAUAAAUACAGACUGUUCAUGUAUUUGUGUUUCACAAAUACAGAGAUUCAUCACAGACCUGUUAUAAUAUGCUUAGGACGCAUCUCUCUAUUUGCAAAUAUAAAAUAAUCUUUUAAUUGUCCCAAGAGAAUUUUGUCUCUGUACUUAAUUCCAUUAAGAGUUCCUAUCGAUGGAAUUACCAUCACACGACACCCCUGAAUCACUAAUCAAGUGCUUGACUAUCAGCUGAUGAAGUCCAGUCCGGCAUGUUGUAGAAUAGGUCAAAUACAUGGAAUGGCUGCUGGUCCCAGAGGACUGUUUGAUUUUGAAAAUUUGACGGAUCAUGCAAAAUAAAACU